AUGGUGCUCGAGAAGAUCUACGUGGUUCGCCACGGCUUCCGCUCGAACUGGGUCGUCGACCCAAACACAGGCACAUACAGCAGCAACAUCACGUCACCCACCGGCAUUCCUUCGGACCCUGCAUUAGCUAGCUACGGCGUCAAGCAAGCAGAACAACUAGGCGAACAUCUUUCCAAUCUGCAGCCUCCCGUCGACAUCAUCUUCUCCUCGCCCUUCUACCGCUGCAUCCAGACCCUCGUUCCCUUCACCACUUCCGAAGCCGCCCGCGACAAGGCCCAAUCCCUCAAAGCAGGCAACCACACCAGCGAGACUAAAGUCCGCGUCAACAUCGAACCAGGUCUAGGCGAAUUUUACGGCCUCGCCCGCUUCGACCACCCAUCACCCGCCACCCUCAAAGUCCUCAACACGCACUUCCCGAACCUGCAGGCCACAGAGAACCCCAUUAUCGUCCCCAGCACGAAGGGCGAGUCGAUCCCACAACUCCACGAUCGUAUAGCGUAUUGUCUGCACAGCCUCAUCGCCACCAUCGAUGCCAUGCCCGAUGGCCCAAAAGCACUGCUCAUCUGCACGCAUGCGGCGAGUAUGAUCGCCAUCGGACGAGCUUUGACGGGCCGCAUGCCGGACGAUGAGUGCGAGGAGGACUUCAAGUGUUUUACCUGCUCGUUCAGCCAAUUCUCGAGGAAAGAAGGUGGCAAGAUGGCUGGAGUGGCGGACGACAGUCUCUCGGUAUCAGAGGCAGUGGAGAAAUGGGAUCCCAACAACGCAGACGAAGUCCCAGAUAUCGGCUGGCGCAACAAAGGCAUCCAAGGCGGCUGGAAAAUCGAAGUGAACGGCGACUGCUCCUUCCUAGAAAACGGUGAAGAACGAGGCUGGGAUUUCUCUAUCGAGGAGCGGACCGCUAUGGAAGAGGCUGCACGGGUUUUGCUGGAAUUGGCUGCGGGCGUUUCUACGCCUGGUAGUAAGGACGAGGAGGUUGGAGGCGAGGAGGAAUUGGAGGCAGAGGAGGAGGAGGCGGAGUCGGAGGAGUUGAAGGAGGGUGAGUAUAUCUGGUGA